AAGAAUUCACUGUGAGCUUCACAUCUCAUUACAGCUAAUGGACCAAUCAAAUCAGUCCACAGCUUCAAAACAUCCAAUCAGGCGUGAGUCUGGACCUGGUUUUCUACUGAACACACAAGUUCAUUACCUCACUAUCACUUUGUCUAAACAGGAACGAUGAUCACACUCUUUGUGGCUCUUUACUCUCUGCUUUGUCUCUGCACAACUGUACAAACUUCUGGGAUCAAGGAGCUUCAUUUAAAAACAGUAAAAAGUGGAGAGGCCAUAACUAUAGAGUGUAACAUUAGCGGGGUCAAAAACAAAUAUUUUUUACUUUGGUACAGACUGAAAUUUGAAAAUGUGCCUCAGUUUCUGGUGAGACAUAAUGGGAAAAAUAGUUACAGUUUUGAUGAGGGAUUUAAUGAUAGUCGCAUCAGUGUUACUGUAGAGGACCAAAAGUUUGAUCUUAACAUUAAUGAAACGAGAGAAGAUGAUGGAGGAGAAUAUUUCUGUGGGGAAUUAGAGGGAAGUAUACAAAAGUUCACAUCUGGAACACGUCUGCAGUUUGAAGGUGAAGAGAUGAAACCCUGUCCUACACCUGGAACACUUAACAAGAACACACACUCUGUUACACACCAGGGUUCAAACAGCAGAGAUGAAAAAGGUGACAGCUGUACUGAUCAGAUGCGUGUGCUGUUCUGGCUUUCUGUUUCUAGGGCUGGAGCUCUUGCCUUCAUGACAUUAUCAAUAAUCCUGAUUGUUUUUAAAUUAAGAUUAAAAUAGAAAUUUAUAUAUAAUUGGAAGAAAAUACUGAUUUAAAGAAUUUACUGAGAAAAUAUUGUGUAACAUUUUAAAUAGAGCUAUUGGCUUUAUAUUGAAGUGAGUUUUGUUGAACUGAAAUGUGGAAAUCUUUACCAACUGUAAUAAGGUUGGAUUUAAGUGACCCCAAGUGUGUUAUGUCGUCCCCCUUGUGUUUCAAAAGAUGCAGUUGGAGGGUUUCACACGUUUACAUGUCUCUGGGGAAGCUGAAAGUCCUGUGCAGUAGCCCUGCACU